UUAUCUUGGCUUACAGCAAGCGGUGGUCGGGUAGAAAUUAAUUGAAUGUGUCACCGUCCAGCGACUAUUAUCCAUGACCUACAUUAAUUUAGAUAACCAUGGACGAAAAACGACAGAGGGUAAAUCCAACAAAGGAUAAUUUCCCGUACAAGGUAGAGCUGCAUGUGCAUUUAGAUGGAGCUUUCAGACUGUCUUCUGUUUAUGACAUUGCCAGACGUAGGAAGAUAGACCUUAAAGUUACCAGCAUCGAGGAUUUCCGUAAGAAUGUAUGUGUGUACCACGCCCAUUCCCUCUACAAGGUCCUGUCGUCGUUCGUUAUAUUCAUGCCUAUAAUAGCCGGAGACCGAGAAGCAAUAUCUAGACUGGUGUAUGAAUUUUGUGAGGACAGUGCGCGAAAUAACAUAAAAUAUGUUGAAGCGAGAUACUCGCCACAUCUUUUGGCUAACAGUGAGCCAAAACCAGAGUACGCAUUGCAGCACGGCGAUCUUACGCCCCACGAAGUAGUCCAGCUAGUAAAUGUAGCUACUAAGAAGGGAAUGGAAGAUUUCAAAAUAAGGGUGAAGACAAUUUUAUGUUGCAUACGGCACAGACCAGAUUGGUCGGAGGAAGUUGUUGAUUUGGCGGAGGAAUUCAAACAAGAUGGCGUCGUUGCCAUAGAUAUCGCCGGAGGGAGUAAUGAUGAAAGUGUGUGUGUAGAAUUUGUCCAUGAGGGUCAUAAAAAGGCUUUCAAUCGUGCCAAACAACUCGGAAUUCAUAUAACAGUCCACGCCGGUGAGGCAGGAACAGCAGCCAGCGUGAAAGAGGCACUUGACGAUUUACAUGCUGAGAGAAUAGGGCACGGAUAUCGCGUACUCGAGGAUGAGAAAAUAUAUAAAGAAGUGCGCGAAAAACACGUGCACUUAGAAACAUGCCCUAUCUCGAGCAUAUGCACUGGAGCCGUGCCGGAAGAUAUUCAUAAACACCCUGUAGUAAGGUUUGCCGAGGAUAAGGCGAACUAUUCUUUGAAUUCAGACGACCCUUUUGUGUUUGAUAGCUGUCUGUUAGACGACUAUAAUGCUGCCGUAGAUAUGGGACUGACGGACAAACAUAUUGUCACAUCUAUUUUCAAUGCCGCCAAAUCCUGUUUUGCGUCGGACGACGAGAAGAAGGAAAUAUUGAAAGAGCUUGUUGAGAUUUACGGUGACAUUGAUACGGACACAUAAGAAGUGAAAAAAUCUAUCAUGUACAUGUAUAAAGAUCUUCCCGUUGAUACAGCCAUUUACAUCAUACAUGUACAUUUUGUUUUUACAUGGCAUAUCUUUGAACUUGUUUCAUUUAGCUUAAUAAGCAGAAAAGAAUAGAAUAGAAUAACUUUUAAUUCCAAUCAAGGACCAUGUUUAAUGACAUAUAAAUCACAAACAAUUAUGGCAUCAAUGAUCAAAUAAAAGAAAAAAGAAAGAAAAUAAAGCUUUAUUCGUAUUAGCAAUAACAUUGAACAAAGUUAAUAGAACAACUGAUAUUUAAUCUAAUAAUUUUUUGCUAAAUAGUCUUCACUAUGAAACAAACUAAAUUUUGCUAAUUUGAAACAUCAUAAUAUACAAUGAUACACAUGACUGUAUUGUUGUAUCAUAUUAUAUAUUUUUUUUAAUUUCAAUAUAAAAGUCUUCACAAAAAGAUAGGAUUAUA